AUGAGUGGUCUCAUUCAUCCCACCUUCAGUGUUUCUACGCCAAUGCACGAUGCUGUGCAUCACAUACGGACUACUUGCCCUCGGCGUCUCACGCCUGCACUACUAACUGUAGCCAAGGCCGAGUUCGAUCAUGUGCUCCAGAUGGGCAUCGUUCGUCAAUCUGAAAGCCCGUGGGCUCCCCUUUUUCAGAUGGGCUCUAAAGCUGACUCUGGUUACUGGCGUCCCUGA